AUGGUACAAUGUUGGUAUAUGGAUGAUCGAAAGGAAGAUCCACAAGAUGAUCAUUUAUUAGAAGAAAUUGAUACAACUACAUUAUGUGAUCGUACAGGUGUUGAAGUAUGGUAUUUUCAUCCAGAUCAAAUUCGUCCUGAUAAUGAAAGUCCAUCAUUAAUAAAACUUAAAAAAGAUCGAGGAUAUACAUAUGAAGAUGAAAUUAAAGUCGAUCCAUCCAUGGAAAAUUAUGAAGCAAAAUUGAAAACAUUUUUUUCUGAACAUUUACAUUCUGAUGAAGAAAUUCGUCUUAUAUUGGAAGGUUCAGGUUUCUUUGAUGUACGUGAUCGUGAAGAUAAAUGGAUGAGAAUACAUGUUUUUGCUGGUGAUUUAAUUAUUUUACCGGCUGGAAUGUAUCAUCGAUUUAUACCCGAUAAACAUAAUUUUAUUCGUGCUCGACGUCUCUUUGUCGGUGAACCAAUUUGGACUCCAAUAAAUCGUCCUGAUGGUGAUGCACAUCCAUGUCGUGAAGUUUAUGUUGAACAUCUUCAUCACAAUGAUAAGAAUGGCAUAGAAAAACAUGUUCUUGAACCUAUUUCUUAA